GCCAUGAGUGUUGUCAAAAAUUCAAAAUACGGAUGGUUUAUUUCACACGAAACUUUAAUAAAAGAUGUUUACAAGAACGUUAAUUGUUCCCAAACAAAUUACCAAUUAAAAUCGAAACUAUUUGACAUAUUUACACCCUAUAAAACGCCCAAGAAUAGAAAACUCAAGCUUAAAGAAAACGGCGAAGAAAACUCAUUUGAAACAGAGGUGCGUCAUGUGGAAGAAUUCUACAAGCUUUUUUAUAGCGAAAUCAAACAAGUUUUUAAUGACUUGGAAUGUGAGGUUAGGAAUGACGAAGCUGUCAACACGGCGACUGAAAUUUACGAAAUUUCGGGGAAAAACUUGAAGACAGGUUUGUACGGCAGUAACAAUGAAAGCCCCGUUGUCAGAACCAUCGAUGGUGCUCAAUUUUUAUUCCCCACAAACUGUACUUUUUACGCAAAAGAUGUCUCAGAUAUGUCUCAAUACCUGGACCAGAAAUACGAUUUGAUCCUUCUUGACCCGCCCUGGUGGAACAAAUACAUUCGUCGAAAACGCAAACACACCGAACACGGCUACGACAUGAUGUUUAACGACGAUUUAAAGAACCUUCCCCUGGAGAAUCACUUGAAAAAUGAUGCUUUAAUCGUGGUUUGGUGCACCAAUUCCCCGCAACAUUUAGCCGCGCUGCGCGAGGAGAUCUUCCCCAAGUGGGGCGUGAAAUACGUCGCCAAGUGGUAUUGGGUGAAAGUGACGAAAUCGGGGAUUCCCGUUUGUCAGUUUGCGCCCCCGCCGCGCAAACAACCCUUUGAACAAAUUAUUUUUGCCGCUGUGGAAUCGCGGAGUUUGCCAAACCCGCCCGAUGGUAAACUAGUAGCAAGUGUGCCGAGUGCACUGCAUUCACAUAAGCCCCCAUUGUGCCAAUUGUUGCAACCUUUUUUGCCCCCGAGCCCCAAUUGUUUGGAAGUUUUUGCUCGUUAUUUGCUACCGAAUUGGACGAGUUACGGAAGGGAAGUUUUGCGAUUACAACAUGAAAGUCUGUAUGAAAUGAGUGAGUAAUAAUUUAUUUAAUGAUGA